AUGAAGUCCGAGCUGUCGACUUCCACAGCUAGAGCUCCGUUCGAUCGCGUCGAUGCCGACGUCAUCCUUCUCUCUUCGGAUAACGUCGAGUUCUGGGUCUUUAAAGUGAUCCUGUCGCUCUCAUCUCCUAUUCUCGAGAACAUGUUUUGGUUGGGCAGCUCACAGAAGAGUCAUUCCGAGACAUCCCUGCCCACUUUCGAAGUUUCGGAGAGCAGUACCACCCUAGAUACCUUGCUCAGACUCAUCUAUCCAACCACCACUCCUGCUUUGCGUUCCUACAACGACGCAAAAGAUUUCCUGAGAGCCGUUGCAAAGUAUAACAUAUCUGAUGAUGCUUUGCCUCGCGCCAAGGAAUUGAUCGCGGCACAAUACUUGAAAGAACAUUUCUUGUCCAUUUACGCUCUUUCCUGUCGCUAUGGUUGGAAAGAUCUGGCCCAAAGAGCGGCAAUGGAGAGUCUUCGGUUGGAUGUACUGGAUAGGACCGUUCCCUAUGUCGAGGAGAUGGAAGACAUGACGGCAGCAACCUACCGCAGGUUGCUGUUGUAUCACAGAGCGUGUGCAGCCGCGGCUCACGAUGCGGACACAAACGAAAGGUGGUUCCCACCUACGAAUUACGGACGGUGCGCCAAAUGCUACCGCGACGUUAGUAAUUCCGGGAUCAAAAACUAUAGGACUGCCUGUAAGGAAAGGUUGCUGCGACGGCCGUCUCCGUCAACGAUUUCCGCGCUUGAAAUACCCGAUGACGUGGCAUCGACCUGGUUUGAGUCGUCCAGCGUCCGUUGCCAUCAUCAGCUACAGUAUUUCCAAGAAUUUCGCAGAGCAUAUGUCACGGAAGUGAAGAGAGUGAUAUCAAACGUUGAAUUGGAAUUUUCCCAACAAGGAGCGUGA